UUUGCAGCAUAUCUUGUGUGUAAGCAGGUUGAGUACCUAAUGGCCCAGGCAAGUCAGGUUUCUGUGUGUGGUUUGUUCUUCACUGGUGCGUGAUCUUUUGAAGUUCUGUGCGGCUGGACUGGAUUGUAGUGUCACUGCUUUCCUUGGGACAUGUGAUCCCAUCCUGCGGUGCUGCAGCUCUACUUCGCCAGUGCCCAGAUAGCAAGCCUGCUCUGAACUGAAUUAAUUUCCUGGGAGAUCAACAUGCAGUACAUGCUUUGUAACUGAACCAGAAAACUCCGUGCUCCUGUCUGCUCUUCUGUGAACAGCCAAUUUGUCUGGUGCAGUUGGAAGACAGAGUCCAUGAUGCAUCAAUGCUGGAUAUGAGGACACUGGGAAAAUGUGCUUUCUAGGAAUGAUGGCAAGUGGGUAGGAGGUGGCCAUGUGGCAGUGUUUGGAAAGCUGCAUAUGGGUGCUGUCAUCACAAAGCAAUGAAAGCUGUGUGGGUUAAAGGGAGUAUCUAUCAGAGGAGAUGGCUCAACUCUCCUGCCUCACCACAGCCUGGGUCCAUGCACCCUAGCCCCGCGAAUUUGAGGAUUCUGAAGCCCAAGCUCUGUGCACCCCAAGGCCCCCAGCUCAGGGUUCUUGUGAGAGAGAAGACUCCCUGUGAGAAGAACACUCAGGGCUGUGCUCGCUUCUGCUUUCUUACCUAGGCUUUGCUUGCACCAAGGAUGCUCUGCCCACUGCUUGCCCUGGGAGCACUGGUGCUCAGCCUGGCAGGUGCCAUGGAGAUCCAGGUUCCGGAUGAGCCUGUGGUGGCUCUUUUUGGCCAAGAUGCUACCCUACGCUGCUCCUUCUCCCCCGAGGCCAACUUCAGCCUUGACGACCUGAGUCUCAUCUGGCAGCUGACGGACACCAAGCGCUUGGUCCACAGCUUUUCCAGUGGCCAGGACCAGCUGGCAGACCAGGGUGGCGGCUAUGCCAACCGUACAGCCCUCUUCUAUGACCAGCUAGCCCAGGGCAAUGUCUCGCUGCUCCUCAGACGCGUGGAGAUCUCGGAUGAGGGCAGCUUCACCUGCUUUGUCCGGGUCCGGGACCACAGCAGUGCAGCCGUGACAUUGCAGGUGGCAGCUCCCUACUCCAAACCCAAUAUGAAUCUGGAGCCCAACAAAGACUUGAAGCCAGGAGACCUGGCAGCUGUGACUUGCCACGCUUCCCGUGGCUACCCCGAGGCCAGCGUCCUCUGGCAGGACAGCCGGGGCAGCAACAUCACAGAAAAUGUCACCACGUCCCAGGUGGCCAAUGAGGAAGGUCUCUUUGAUGUGCACAGUGUCCUUCAGGUGCUGGUGGAGCCCAGCAGCACCUACUCCUGCCUGGUGCGAAACCCGGUGCUGCAGCAGGAGACCCAAGCCUCUGUCACCAUCACAGGCCAACACCUUGCCUUCCCUGCUGUGGCUCUCUGGGUGACGGUGGGACUCGCCAUCUGCAUCGUCGGGCUGCUCGCCAUCCUGGCGUACGUGUGCCAGAAGAAAAUCCGUCAAAGCUGUGAGGAAGAGGAGGAAAAUGCAGGCAAUGUGGCAGGGACAGAGGAGCAGGACAAGGAGGGGGAAGAACCCAAGACAGCCCUGCAACUACUGAAGAGUGUGGAGAGCAAAGACGAUAAUGAGCAAGAAAUUGAUUGACAGGAGCUGGGACACCCCCAAGCAGCACCCUGUGCCCUUGACCAGCCCAGAUGUCCCCAGUGGGGACAAGCUCUGGGUCUCCUGGGGAGGGCACGGACCUGCUGCCACCCUUCAUCCUGUGCCCUGUCACCCUUCUCCCACCUCGGCCACCUCUUUGGGGUGCCCUGGGGCUGGAGAGAGGCUGCAUCUCUUUAUCCCCGGCUUGCCCUGAAGCCCAGUGCAUCCUUCCUGGGGUCAGUGUGUGCGGGGAGGAUCCUCCUUGUCUAUCUGUCUGUUCCUACAUGAGACUGAGAGUAACCGGGGUUGACCGUUCCCCCUGGCACUCUCUGCCUGCUCCCACAGGGCCACAGCCAAGCCAGCCACCUUCCACAUGUCUUCCAGGACAAAUUUUGGUGCCCUUUUCAAGCCCAGAGACCUCGAAAGGGGUGAUGGGCUCAGUGAAGUCCCUGGGAGUGACCGAUGAAGCCCUGAAGGCUCUGGGAAGACAGAUGGGACUUGCAGGACCCCCAGGAAUGGGGAGACAGAGUUGGUGCUCUUGGCCCCAAUGGAUUCACUGCUCUGGGGCAUAUGGAGAUGAUUAUUUUUUCAUAUUGCACCCCUGUGUUUCUGCUGGACUUUUAUUUUUGUCUUAAAUACAAAUCCCAUUGGGGCAGCUAUUCCCUGCCUCGAAUUAACCCAUGGCCUUUUUUGAGGGGGGGGUGUGAAAGGCAGGGCUUGGGGGCACCCGCUGGCUGGGUAAAGCCCCCCUGUCUUCCCUGUGGUGACAAAGCCAAUGAUUUGGGGACUAAAGUACUGGUGGGAAUGAACCUGGCCAGUGUGUGGGGUUGAGCCUUCCUGUUUCCCAUGAGAUCAGGGGUCUUUGCCCCCAUGUGUGUCCUGGGGCUCCUCCCUCUGCUGCUGGGUACCUGCAGGGUGCACAAGAGCACGCAAGCUGCAGGGGUGAACAGGGUGGCAUGUCCCUGCUCCCACUCUGAUGUGUGGAGAAGUCCCUGCUGUGCCCCUCGAUUGCUUUUUUGCUGGUUUUUGUCAUAAUUUAAAAUCCAGAAUCUGAAGGGGGGUUUUGUGCCUUGACUAAUAAAUCUGGGGGUUGUUUUGGAUAA